AGCGCAUGCGCCGAUAGGAAACCGGAAGUAAACAAGCAGCCUUCCCCCGCGUGCAGCUGCAGACGACGAAGAUGAAACAGAAUAAAGGAGAGAAGAACAUCUCCACGCAAGCUAACAACACCAUGAAGAAGAAGAGGAGGGAGGAAGAGGAGGUCAAUCCUGCUGCUUUACAACACCAGGAGGAGGAGAAGAAGAAGAAGAGGAGGAGGGAGGAAGAGGAGGUCAAUCCUGCUGCUGCACAACACCAGGAGGAGAAGAAGAAGAGGAGGAAGAAGAGGAGGAGGAGGAGGAGGGAGGAAGAGGAGGUCAAUCGUGCUGCUGCACAACACCAGGAGGAGGAGAAGAAGAAGAGGAGGAGGGAGGAAGAGGAGGUCAAUCCUGCUGCUGCACAACACCAGGAGGAGAAGAAGAAGAGGAGGAGGGAGGAAGAGGAGGUCAAUCCUGCUGCUGCACAACACCAGGAGAAGAAGAAGCAGACGAAAAGCAGCACUGCAGCUGCAGCAGCAGAAGAAGGAGAGCACACCAUGCAAACCAAGAAGAAGAAGAAGAAGAGGAGGGAGGAGGAGGAGGUCAGUGCCCUUGCUGCUGCACACCACCAGGAGGAGAAGAAGAGGACAAAGAAAGAUCUUCUGGUAGUAAAGGAGGAGAAGAAGAAGAAACAGAUGAAGAAGACAAGCAGCACAGCAAUAGCAGCACAAAAAGAGCAGCUGGACUUGGAACUGGUGGAGGAGUUGCAGCAGUUUGUUCCAGACAUCAAGAAUAAAUGUGACGAUGUGAUCAGAAAACUGCUGAGAUACGACCUGCACCGCUUCAAAGCCUUCAAACAGAAAGGUGUGUGUCUCCGCUCCGGCCGCUGCUCUCAUCAGGAAAACCAGCAAAUAAGAAAGAACAUGGCAGACUUCCUGUCUCUGACAAGUGUCAGCUCGGCCAAUCUGCUGCUGUUCCCACGCAGAUACAAGGAACAGGAAGUGGAGAUCAGAAAACUGAGAGCACGACAUCACUUCCUUGAGAGGAUCGCUGAGGAGAUUCCUCGCUCUUGUCAUCAGGUCUACAUCAGAGCCAGGAAGAUGUUUGAUGACCGGAACUACAAUGGGAGGUUCUCGAAGGAGGAGGUGCACUCUUUGAUGAAGCUUCAGACUCUGCACGGGAACGACUGGUCAAAGAUCGCCGAGAAGAUGGACCGCAGCGCGUACUCCUUACAGAAACGCUUUGCUCACAUCGCUGCAGGACGGGGUGUGUGGAGCGUAGAGGAGGAGUUCAGGUUGAAGCGGGCACUGAAGGCUCACCUGGAGGCUCUGGCUGGGGGGCCUGCUGAUUCUGAAGGUCCUAGUUUAACCAGAGACCAGCUGUGUAAGAACCUGCCCUGGAAGGAGACCAGCCAGCAGGUGGAGACCCGGUCCUGGACCCAGUGCCGCAUCAAGUGGUUCUCUCUGCUGAAGUGUAAGCUGGCCUCCGGUGUGAGCACAUUCAACAGAGGACCUGAAGGACUGGGGGCUAAAAUCGUCCUCAUUAACACGCUGUACAACAUGUGUGUGGAGGACGUGUGCGAUGUCGACUGGGACGAGGUCGCUCAUACUGUCGGGAACGUGACUCCUGUGUGUGUUCAGAAGAGUUUCCACAGACUGAAGGUUUCCAGAGUUCCUCACUGGAGCGGCCUGUUCUACGGAGAGAUCAUAGACUUCCUGCACCUGAGGGUGACUCCUCUCCUGCAGGAGCAGCUGAGGAAGAGCAAGCGGCAACAGGAUGCUCAACAGGAUGCUCAACAGGAUGCUCAACAGGAGGCGAAGCAGGAGAGCUGCUACCUGCUGUCCGACAUCUUCUCCUCUCAGGACGACUUCCUGGAGCUGGACAACAGUCAGCGGACCACCGACCAAUCACAGCUCUAACGGCUGGAGGCCUCGCAACCCCUGAGAUCUGACUGGCUGUAGAGAACUCACUUCCUGUCAUUAAAAUGCUUUCCUGUCACAGCAACAUGUUCUCAGAACUUAUAUUAGAAAUUCUUUAUACAGUUUGUUUGUUUUUUGUUUGUUACUGAUGUCUUAGUCUCUCCGUGGUGGAAUUGUUUUAAUAUUGGAGCUAGGAGAGUGUUAAAUAAAAUAGUGGCUUAAACACAAGCUGUUUAACAUUUCACGUAAAAAAGAUCUCCCAUGUGUCCAUAAACACAAUGUUUUUUUUUCAUUAAAGGUUUUUCUUUAUGUAAA